CAGCAAUUAUAUUUGUAAUUCUGCUAUUGCCAACUUUAUUAUUUUAAAAGAAAAACAAAACAGAUGUUUUGUCAUGUUAUCAGAGAAAAGAGCUGACGCUACACACUCGGUACUUGGUUUGCAAACAUUGUUAAAUCAAAAAUACAAAAGUACAAGUGCUAUAAAAGAGAAUAAUGGUGCAGAAGAUAUUGAUUUAUUUUGUGAUGGCUAUGGUUCCAUCAGUUCAAAGUGGAGUAAUUCAAAAUUCCAAUAUCGCUUGGCUUAAAGAUCAACAUUGGCCAGAAACACAUCUUACUGAACAGUUGGAGCUGGAAAAAGACGAGUUUGAAAUAUCGAGGGAGGAAAAAUUUCAACUAAUAAUGUAUUUACCGAACACAUCUGAGAAAAACUAUUGCAAAGCAAUUUAUAAAGCGAUUGAAAAGAAUGUAGAACUGGAAAGUAUUGAGACGAUUCAACUGUUUCGACAUGAGAAAUCAUGUAUUGGAGAUAGUUAUCUACCUAAAUCUCCGAAAAUUUUCCUUCAUGAAAUUCGCCAUGAUCAAGUUAAUAUGACAUUUAUUUACAUCAUGAAAUUUAUUGCCAAAGAAUGUGAGAAUAAGAAUGUGAUCCUUGCCAGAGCAAACAUGUAUUUUACGACUGGUAUAAAUAUUUUUACGCAUGAUGGCAUCCAAAAGGGUGAAGUGUACACUCUAAAGAUUCGACAUCCAAAAACAAAACGUCAAACGGAUGCAUAUUACGGAACUCAUUAUGCUUUUGUGUUUAAAGGACAAUGGGACACAUCUGAUGAUUAUCCACAAAAUCUGGAAGGUUUGAUAUUUGAGUUAGACUCGCGAAAACUUGACAAUGAAGAAGUCUUGAAGAAGAUGUUUGGAACAAGCUUGGGGAUGAGUUUACGUUCAUCAAAUGUCAACGCUAUUUGCUUGCAUUGAAGCUGCAAGAGUUGUUGAACAUGUACAUGUAAAUACUGUCAACAGUUACUCCGUAACAGUGAAUUUAGUAAAAACAAUUAAAAGUAGAUACUUUUAUUAUUUGUUUCUUAAGUAUAAAAUAAUUAUUUUUCAUCAGAAGUGUAUAUAGCUAUCCAAAUUAUCUAAUAUCGUUGUUCUUCAAAAACGGCUGAUUCAUAAAUUUUUUUAUAUUUUGACUGAUUAAAGAAUUUGUCGAUGAGAAACGAUUAAAACUACUGUAUAUUUUUCUUUAAAUCUAAAAGAUUUCUUUUAUUAAAAAUUAUUCAGCGAAAGGCAAAAAAUACAUGUUAGAAGACAAAUUAAAAAGGGGUGUAAUUAUGUUAAUUUUUAGGUAAUAGGAGCAUCACAAGAUGCUUUUAUAUUCCAGCGUUGUACAGAUUUUAUAUCCGUGUAAAAAUUAUUUUCAAAUAAACGUAUCUCACUUUAA